CCCCCGCCCCAGCGGGAGCGGGGGAUGUCCCGGCGGCCAUGAGGGCCGGGCUGGUGGGGUACAGCAGCUCCGAGGAGGACGAGGAGGAGGAAGGGGGAGGGAAAAGCCAGGGCGGCGGCGCGCGGGGUCCCCCCGUGGCCAGCUCCGGCCGCCCCCGCCUGCCCGCCCCCGUCGGCCUGCCCGGUGACCCUGACCCGGAGGAGGCCGUGAGCGACGACAGCGCCCGGCACGGCGGCCGCGUCCGCGGGUUCCCCCACGAGCGGGGCAACUGGGCCACGCACGUCUACCUGCCCUACGUUGCCCAGGAGGAAUUCCUGGAGCUGCUGGAGCUGCUGGUGUCCCGCGCCCGCACCUACGUGCCCUCGGUGGCUGCCAUGGAGGAAUUCCACCUCAGCCUCUCGCAGUGCGUGGUGCUGCGCUACCACUGGAUAGACCCCUUCGUCCGCUCCCUCAGGGAGCGCCUGGCUGGCUUCCACAGGUUUUUCUGCGUGGCUGACCAAGUGAAGGUUUACACCAACCAGAACAAAACCAGGACCUUUAUUGGAUUGGAGGUCUCUGCUGGGCAUUUCCAGCUGCUGGAGCUGGUGUCAGAGGUGGACAGAGUUUUAGAGGAAUUUGACCUUCCCACAUUCUACAAGGAUCCGUCGUUCCACAUCAGCUUGGCCUGGUGUGUCGGAGACCUGUCUGGAAAGCUGGAGGGGCAGUGUCUGCGGGAGCUCCAGGACAUUGUGGAUGAGUUCGAGGACUCGGCGCUCCUGCUGCGUUUCCAGUGGGAGCAAAUCCGCUGCAAAUCAGGGAACAAGUACUUCUCCUUCCCCUUGAGGUAGGGUCUGGUGAGGCUGUGCAUUUCGGAGCCUCGAAGAGCCUGAUGCUCAACCAAGGACUGUUCUCCAACGCAGCUCUGAGUAGCACAGGCUGUCACGCACCUCCCAUGGUCUUCUUGCCUGCUCAGCAUCUCUGGGUUGUUUGUGGCCUCAAGUCAGGCCACUUCCAAGUCCGAGUUGCUGGCUGAGGAGAUGUGUGUUCGUAGCAGGUUUCAUCCUCGCUGCUGUAUGUGCUGCAGUCAGCACUGGUGGUUCCAGACAUCCCACGGUCACUAAUUUUGCUGAUUUUUUUCUUUUAAAAAUUAAAAAAAAAAAAUCUCUGUAAUAGCCAUAGAUGCCUUAUGGGAAAGAGGAAGAAGGUAGCGUGGGAAGCUGUUGCUAAAGGGAGAGUGUCUCACACGGUGGGAAGUAGCACUACCAGAUUGUCAGGAUGCUCUGAGCGAGGUUUUAGUAGCAAGAGGCAAGGACACUGAGCUGGAUUCUCUCACCAGAGCAUCUCCCUCCUGAAAGGCAGCUUGGACAAGCUCCUGAGUCAUGCUGUGUCCCUCUCACACGGCUGCUGCCUCUGUAGAGACAUUUCAUUGUCUGAUCCUUUUGCCAAACAGCAAGAGCUUGCUGCCAGGUGUGGGUGAGCCCUAGAGAGGGCAGUGUCAGCAUUUGCCUGAGCUGGGAGGGCAAUGCCCACAGGUGACUCAAGGGGGUGGCAGCUCCUGCUCAGGCUCCACAUUUUUUCCCAUGGGAUCAGCACCCCGGGUGCCACGAUGACCCAAGGGACUGCAGGCUGGGCACUGUUCCUUGGGAGAAUCUCCUUUUUAAUCCUUUUGUUCCUGCGGGGAGGUCGGCUGCAACCUCAGGUAUUCACAGCAGGACUGUUGAUGUGCUGCCCUGAACCUUUUAUCCAAUGUCUGUCCGGGACUUCUGAGCAAUAAAAAUCUGUCUGCUUGUGUCAUAAAA